GCAGCGUCCACUCAGCGUGUCGGGGCAGUUCGAGCCCUCAGACGAUGCAUGUGACAUCCGCCUUCCUCGCGUGCCUCCUGGGGCUCUCCGCCCCUGCGAAGGCGGCUUUCGGUUCUGCUGGCGUCAGGGAGGAACUCGGAACCCUCAAGAAAGCCUUAUUCAGGAGCUUAGGGAUGGGCGAGGCGACCCCGGAAAUCCCGGCCGGGGAGUGGCCCAACCGAUGGUUCCCCCGCCCGCCGGCGGACUCCUCGAAGGAGGCGGACUCCUCGAAGGGGGCGGACUCCUCGAAGGGGGCCGCCGUUACGAGGGAGCAGUUGCGCGACGACGUCCACGGGAUCAGGAUGGGGGUCCCGACCUCGGCCUGCGACGACGGAAAGGUCGGCCUGGAGUUGGACUGGGACGGCUCACCCGUGAACCACACGUGCUACCACCCGAACGCGCGCUUCCCUGUGGACCCCACCGCGGCCCCGCGCCUGCUGUGCGACCAGAUCCCGGCCGAUUAUCGCGCCAACCAUUCCUGCAUGGACACGCGGAUCACAUACAGCACGCCGGUCCCCACUUUCGGCACCCACCGCCCGCUCUGGCCCGUCUACGGAGAGUACACGUUCCUUCCGACCCAGCGGUGGCUGCACACGUUAGAGCACGGGGGGAUUGUGAUGCUGUAUCACCCAUGCGCACACCCCGCUGAAGUGGCAAGCCUUCGAUCGACAGUCACCGGAUGCAUUCGGAAGCACGUGAUCACGCCGAGCACGCACCUGACCCCAGACGAGCCCCUCGCGCUCGUCUCGUGGGGGUGCCGGCUGAGCAUGCCGCACGCGGACGAGGACGCGGCGGUGGCCUUCAUCCGGGGGCACGGGCUCCGCGCCCCCGAGGGGGCACUGGCGGACGACGGCCAGUUCGCGGUCGGGCUCGUCCGCGCCGCGGCGGUGCCGGAAGGAUCCGACGCCCGCGACGGGCACCUCUGCCCCAACAACUUCUGA